GAGCGAGGCUGCCCUCCUCCACCACCCGGCAUUCCCUCCCAGUAUGCACCGCGGACACAGCAGCAAAAAAUAGUCUGCUAACGAAAGGCUGUGAAAAGGGAACCAGAAACGGUGGUAGUAGCUCACCAGCUAAACUCCAGAGCCCAACUGUACCCAACGUUGCCCACAACCGCUACCAUGGCCGACAACGAGAAACUGGACAACCAGCGGCUGAAGAAUUUCAAGAAUAAGGGCCGAGAUUUGGAGACCAUGAGACGACAGCGGACCGAGGUGGUGGUGGAACUCAGGAAGCACAAAAGAGACGAGCACCUUCUGAAGAGGAGAAACGUGCCCCACGAAGACAUCUGCGAGGACUCUGAUGUCGAUGGGGAUUUCAGAGCGCAAAACACCUCUCUCGAAACAAUAGUUCAAAAUGCCACCAGUGAUAACCAGGGCAUCCAGCUGAGCGCCGUUCAGGCUGCCAGGAAGCUGUUAUCCAGUGACCGUAAUCCUCCCAUAGAUGACCUGAUUAAGUCUGGGAUCCUUCCUAUCCUGGUCCACUGCCUGGACAGAGAUGACAACCCGUCUCUCCAGUUCGAAGCAGCCUGGGCUCUAACCAACAUCGCGUCGGGUACCUCGGAGCAAACCCAAGCUGUGGUUCAGUCCAAUGCUGUGCCGCUGUUCUUGAGGCUGCUCCACUCUCCUCAUCAGAAUGUGUGUGAACAGGCCGUCUGGGCCCUGGGAAACAUCAUCGGUGACGGUCCACAGUGCAGAGACUACGUGAUCAGCUUGGGAGUGGUCAAGCCCCUGCUGUCCUUCAUCAGUCCCUCCAUCCCCAUCACCUUCCUCCGCAACGUCACGUGGGUCAUGGUCAACCUGUGCCGCCACAAGGACCCUCCACCUCCAAUGGAGACGAUCCAAGAGAUCCUGCCUGCUCUCUGUGUGCUGAUCCAUCACACUGACGUCAGUAUCCUGGUGGACACUGUCUGGGCCCUGUCGUACCUGACUGACGCUGGCAAUGAGCAGAUCCAAAUGGUCAUUGACUCUGGCAUUGUUCCUCACCUGGUACCGCUGCUCAGUCAUCACGAAGUCAAAGUUCAGACUGCAGCCCUCAGGGCCGUCGGGAACAUAGUGACCGGAACGGACGAACAGACGCAGGUGGUCCUCAACUGUGACGCCCUCAGCCACUUCCCAUCACUCCUCACUCAUCCUAAAGAAAAGAUCAACAAGGAGGCAGUGUGGUUCCUGUCCAACAUCACAGCAGGUAACCAGCAGCAGGUGCAGGCGGUCAUUGAUGCAAAGCUGGUCUCCAUGAUUAUCCACCUGCUCGACAAGGGCGACUUCGGCACUCAGAAAGAAGCGGCCUGGGCCAUCAGUAACCUGACGAUAAGCGGGAGGAAGGAUCAGGUGGCACACCUCAUAGAGAAGCAGGUGAUCCCUCCGUUCUGCAACCUGCUCACAGUAAAGGACGCUCAAGUCGUGCAAGUCGUUCUCGAUGGCCUCAGUAAUAUCCUGAAGAUGGCCGACGACGAGGCCGAAACUAUUGCCAAUCUCAUUGAGGAAUGUGGAGGGCUGGAAAAAAUUGAACUGCUGCAAAAUCAUGAAAACGAAGAUAUCUACAAACUGGCAUAUGAAAUUAUAGAUCAGUACUUCUCAUCUGAUGAUAUUGACGAAGACACCAGCCUGGUCCCAGACGCCAUCCAAGGCGGGACUUUCAGCUUUAACUCAGCCAACGUGCCAGCCAAGGGUUUCCAGUUCUAGACGUCACCUGGGGGUAUUCUGGAGUUUUGUUCGCGAUGCAGCACCCUGUUCAACAUAAACCAAUUAGGAGAGAGAGAGCGAGAGAGAGCGAGUGUGAGAAAUUCGAUCCAUUGUGCUUGGCUCGUGGGAUCCAUGGCUGCAUCUUAUGAGAGAAAAAUAUGUGGAUUUCAUUUGGCAUUCCAGGGGGAACCAGCCCAAAUGAAGUUUGAGAUGGCGAGUGGGUGCGAGUGAGAAUGAGUGGCUACAUGUUGCAAAAAAAAACAAACAAACACAAACAUUUGGGAUAAAAAAAAAAAAGAAGCAAAACAUCUACAUCGAAUGCGUUGAGACACGCCGGCGUAACUUCUGUGUUAUCGGAGCUGUCGACGUCGGGAAAACUUCUUCAAACGACGACAAACACAAAAGAGAACCGGGAUGUCUGUCCAGGUGGUGGGGGGGGGGGACCGUGGACAUUUAAAAUAGGAAAUCACGACAUCUCGAAAAUAUCACCGGGAAAAACGCAGACAUGAAUCGAAUUAUGAACAGAGAUGAACCACAAAUAAUCACAAUUCUGCGGUCUUCUCGACACGAGGGGGGGGGGGCGCCACCUACGACGUGCCCCUCCCCCCAAUCGGCCACGUUUAUCAGACACUUGUGUGAAUGAACUCAUUGCGUAUGAAUGUCUGGACUCAGCGCUGAGGAGCCAGGUUCAUCUCCUCCAACGAGGCGACCACCCCCCCACCAUCCCUCCUCCUCACCCGGCUCACCACAGUGGGCGGGGCUAGGAGUCCGACUGAACGUGGCGCAUGUGCGUGAGAAUGGACGGAUGCGUUUGUGUGUGCGCUUGGCUGCGUGCGUGACUGGGAAGAGUGCGAGUUUGGGUGAGAGCGCAUGCAGAGAAAGGGAAGGGAUACGAAAACGACGACAACACCUGAAGAGAAUCGCAACACGUUAAACGCAAAAAGGUUGCAGGAAAGCAAUUCUGCCUUCUGAAUGAGGCCGAUCCUCAAAUCUCUGAAAGGAAGAACUUUGGAAAAUGGAAAAAAAGAAGAGGAAGAAAAAAAAAGAGAAAUCAUCACAAAGAUUAAUAUUUUUUGUUCAGAAUUAUGACGUUGGUAUUAAUUGACACUGGACAUUGUUUCUGGCAGGUGUGGAGGAGCAGCAGUGCGUUGAAUUAAGAUGCUUUUGGGCUUUUCUUUUUGCCUCCGGUGUGUUCCUUUUUUUUAUUUUAUUUUUAUUAUUUUUGUUUCUUUAUUUUAUUUUCAGCUUUUAGUUUCACAGCUUUUCUGUACAGGUGAAUGAUGAUGAUGAUGACGAUCAUCAUAUUCCAUCCUUUCAACCUGAACCCCCCUACCCUGAACACAAGACGUGGGCUUGAUGCUGUGAAAUUUAGACUCCACCACCAUGAUCAACCACAUCCUUUUGUAACCCCCCCCCCCCCCCCCCCCCCCUCAUCUUUCUUCGUUUUACAGCAUAAUCACAGCUUUGGAGUACCGUUGCCACAGCUUUGAGUAUCGCCAGAGGAGAACAAAUCGAUGGCCACGUUACGUAGGAUCGUGAAUCAUAACCCUUGCAUGUACUAGCACAGUUAUUUUUAGGGUAUUUUAGUUUCCUUAGGCUGUGAAUACAGUGUAAUUUUUCUUUUAAGUAAUACUGUGCUUAAAUGUUACAUGUGUCCCUUUUCCCCCUUUCUCCUCACUAUUGUCAAAUUUGCUAAAUGAUCUGUAUGGUUUUGCACAUGUACUGCAAAGGAGGGCCCGGGUGAGUGUUGGUGGGUUUCAACCGCCCACCCCACCCUCCAACGAACCUUUACAUUAUGCAUCACUCAGCCACAGUCUUUGUCUUUCUAAAGUGAUCUAAUGAUACUUUUUAGUGCUACUUGAGAAUAUAAUUAUUUCAUUUCAGGAGCAGCAGUUGAAUCUGCUGACGUAUCUCAGCUUGACUUGGGGGGGGGGGGGGAUUUAACCUCCCUCCUCUCAAAGUCAAAGGCGUCCCAUGUGUCAGACUGGAGCUGUUCAAAGCGGGUUUACCUGAAUAAUAAAUGAACCCAUGAACAGGUUUGCUGUAAUUUAAGUACCUUGCAGUGUCUCCUCCCUUUACCCCUCUUUGCUCUUCUACAAGCUAAGUGUACAAGCUUAACCUUCCUUUUUUUUGUUUUUUGUUUUUUUUUAACUGCAAACACUGUAGUAAUGAUUAUACAUUGUGCUCAUAAACCUUCUGUUGAACAUAGGGGUAAUAUUUUUUGUUUUUGUUUUUGCAGCAUUCCUUGUUAGCAAAGUGGUUUCAAAACUUAAAAUUAUGACCUGGAAGAUUGGAGGAAGCCUAAAAAAACUUUUUUUUUUGGGGGGGAGGGGAAAGGAAGGCUAAAGCAUAGGUUGUCUUCAUGAAAAUAAAUAGUGAAACCCAAAC